AUGGGACAGUACCGAUCGGCCGUGUGCCAAGCCUCAGAAGUUUGCUGCGACAUUUCGCAGGUGGACGAGUCAGUUGAUGUGACUGAAGGAACUUCGGAUGCUGAAGACCUAUGUGGCAUGAGCAAUCCAAGCGGACUGGAGGUGAACGCCAAUGCAUCUGAGGAUCAGGCGAAGUUUGGAGAAUUCCCCUGGACGAUUGCUCUGUUCCAUAAAGGUCAAUACUUCGGCGGUGGCUCUCUGGUUAGCCAUAAUGCCGUCCUCAUGGCAGCCCACCUCCUGGCGGAUAAGUCAGAAGCCGAUAUUGUAGUCAGAGCUGGCGAUUGGGACUUGUCAAGCACGGAAGAGAGCACUCCGCAUGAAGAGCGCCAAGUUUCGAGGGUUGUGAAACAUGAGAAUUUCAAUGCGAAAACUGGGGUCAACAACCUGGCACUCCUCUUCUUUGAGAACCCGCUCCCCAAGGCAUCCCACAUCAGGCCUAUAUGUUUGCCCGCCGCGGAGAGGUCCAUCGAUGCUCGCUGCUUUGUCGCCGGUUGGGGAAAAAAAGCAUACCCGGAUGUUGAGUAUUCGAGCAUACUGAAGAAAAUUGAGUUACCCAUCGUGGACAGGGCUACGUGCCAGAAUCAGUUGAGGAAGACCCGCCUGGGCAGAUCCUUCGUCUUGGCCCCUAGCUUCGUUUGCGCAGGUGGAGAGAAGGGUAAGGAUGCCUGUCAGGGCGAUGGCGGCUCCGCGUUGUUCUGUCCCCUGGCCGAUAACACCUCGCGAUACGAGCAGGUCGGAAUCGUCAACUGGGGAAUCGAGUGUGGAAAGGAAAACGUACCGGCUGUCUACACAGACGUCACCAAAUUCCUGCCGUGGAUUGAGCAGCAGCUGAAGCAGGGCUCCAACGAAUUAAUGGGUAGCUAUAGAAUGUUGAUUAAUUAUUGA